AUGGCAACCAAAGUUUCAUGGAGAGCCGCUCCGGGCUCAAUUCUGGAGCCGACGAAAGCCAUGGCACGAGCUCGCACUGGACAAGUCGCCCGUGUACUAUCGACCUCUCCUCUCCGAAUGGUCGCAAUGCCACAAGAUGCUCAUAAUAUGAGAAAAGCUCCGAGAGAGCCAAUUGGAACUCUUAAGGCGCCAGUUGUCAACCCAACAGCCAAAUAUCAGAGCAAGGCAGACAAUCUCCAUCGAUACGGCACCUGGCUAAUGGGAUGUCUCCCCAAAUACGUCCAGCAGUUUUCCGUUUGGAAAGACGAGCUCACCAUCUACAUUUCUCCAGCUGGCGUUAUCCCCGUGUUUUCCUUCCUCAAGUAUAACACUGCUGCAGAAUUCACCCAGGUUAGCAGCGUCACCGGGUGCGACUAUCCGACACGCAGCAAGCGCUUCGAGGUCGUUUACAAUUUGCUUUCCGUCCGAUAUAACUCUCGCAUUCGAGUGAAAACCUACGCCGACGAAUCAUCGCCUGUUCCGAGUAUCACAAGCUUAUUUGGAGGCGCUAAUUGGUACGAGCGUGAAGUAUACGAUCUGUAUGGCGUCUUCUUUACGGGCCACCCUGAUUUACGGCGCAUCAUGACGGAUUAUGGAUUUGAAGGCCAUCCUUUACGGAAAGAUUUCCCGCUCACGGGAUACACGGAAAUUCGGUAUGAUGAGGAAAAGAAGCGAAUUGUCACCGAGCCGCUGGAGCUUACACAGGCAUUCCGAAACUUCGAAGGCGGAUCCAGCGCUUGGGAGCAAGUUGGCCAAGGCGAAGACUUCAAGCCUGAGUCCUUCAAACUGCCCGUACCCAAACCAGAGGAGAAGAAGCAAUAG